AAACAAAACUAGCUCAAUCAUCAACUAUUCGAUCCGACUCGACUCGGAUAUCCACUUUUCGAAAUAUCCAAAGCUUAAUCGAUACUAUUAUUAUACAUCGAAUUAUCGAAAAUUCCAAUUUCUAACAUAUAUAUGCACUUUCAUUUCUGCACAUUUUCGUUAUCCUGAUAUUUUUUAUGCUGAAUUUCUGCUAUUUUUUCUUCCGGUGUAAUGGCAGCAUCUGGAUCUUCUUGCACAGAAAAUUCCGUGACGGCGCCACAGGUGGAAGACGGUGAAGAAUUCAAAGUCCCAGUGUUCUCGUCGUCGAUUGAUUUGCUCUCUAAGUUGCAACAAAAUUGGUACAACAAGCCCAAACACUAUCGAGCAAUGUAUUCCAGCAUAUUUGGUGGAAUCACAUUGGACCCUGCAAUGAUGGUUAUCCCGAUCGACGACCACAUGGUCCACCGUGGUCAUGGUGUCUUUGACACAGCCAUUAUUCUCAACGGGUAUCUGUACGAGCUUGAAGCCCACCUCGCCCGUUUUUUGCAUUCGGCGUCGAAAGCCAAAAUCGUUCACUCAUAUUCCCAAUCCUCUCUCAAACGCAUCCUCGUCCAGCUCACGGCAGCCUCUGGCUGCCGGAAGGGCACUCUCCGGUACUGGCUGAGCGUGGGGCCCGGCGACUUCCUCCUGUCUCCGGCGGGCUGCCCGAGCCCGGCAUUCUAUGCGGUCGUUGUCGACGAGGACUUCUCCCCGCGCCGCGAGGGCGUUCGCGUAAUUACGUCGGGAGUCCCGAUGAAGCCCCCACUCUUCGCCACGGCGAAGACCGUGAACUACCUCCCGAACGCGCUGGCGAAGAUGGAGGCCGAGGGGCGUGGGGCCCACGAGUCGGUGUGGGUGGACGGGGAAGGGUUUGUGGCCGAGGGCCCGAAUAUGAACGUGGCGUUCGUGACGAGUGAGCGGGAGCUCGUUUUGCCGCCGUUCGAGAAGGUGCUGGCGGGGUGCACGGCCCGGAGGCUGGUUGAGCUGGCGGGAGGGAUGGUGCGGGAAGGGCGGCUGAUGGGAGUGAGGGUUCGGAAUUUGAGGGCAGAGGAGGCGAAGGGGUCGGCUGAGAUGAUGUUCGUCGGGAGCACGCUGCCCGUGCUGCCGGUUGUGGAGUGGGAUGGGGAGGCUAUUGGGGAUGGUAAGGUGGGAGAGGUGACAAUGGCACUUUCAGAUUUGCUGUGGGAAGACAUGGUUGCUGGGCCUGAAACACAAAGGUUUCCAGUUCCUUAUGAGUGAGGAUAGGAUACUAUUCGUAUUUGCGUUGUUGUGCGGAUUUGAAAGUUGAUGGCUUGAUGCUGAAAAUGAGAGUUUGUUCCCUCUCUUGAUAUUUGUUAAUGUGUGUUUUCAGUAAACCAAGUUUGAAAAAUAAUUUGAUAAUAUUAUACAGCUUUUGUGAAAAUUAAGAGCAUGUUUGGAUAUAAAAAAUUUGGGUGGUGUUGGAUUUUUUGGUUUGGUUUGACUAAUGUUAAAAAAGGUGUUAUGGUUAGUUGUUAUGGGGUAUAUUUAAAAAUAUUUAAAAUAAAAUAAUUAAAAUUUUGAUGUAAAAGUAGGAGAGAUGAUUUGAAGUGAUGAUUAGUUAAAAUAAUGUGAAUAGAGGAAUAGUGAAUUCAGGUUGAUGUGGUGUGUAUGAAUAAUUUAUUGAUAUUAUUUAAUUAUAUUGAUGAUAUUGGAGUUGAGUUAACAUUGAGUUAAAA